AUGUCCGAUUCUACCGUUGCCCGUCCUCCUCCCAGCGCCAUUUCCAGGCCGCUUAGCGAGUCUCUUCUCAAUGAGAAGUGGGACCGCUGCCUCUCCAACCUCCUCGUCAAGUCAUCCCUCGGUCUCGGUUUUGGUGUCGUUUUCUCUGUCCUCCUGUUCAAGCGAAGAGCAUGGCCCGCCUUUGUCGGCGUUGGCUUCGGUGCCGGCCGUGCCUACGAGGAGUGCAACUUCAGCCUGAAGCAGGCUGCGCGAGACUUGAAGAAGCAGACCGCAUAA